UCUCUUCCAACUUCUCCUGCAGUACCGGUCUCCUCCACUCAGCAGCCAUGAAAUUCUCCCUCAUUGCCACCAUUGUUCUGCUUGCUCUGGCACAAGGAAGCUUUGCACAAGAUGCUAGCGAUCUUAAAAACCUCGGUCAGUACUUUGAGGAUUUGAAGACCAAGUUGAUACAGGACAUGACUGAGCUAAUCCGCAACCAGGACCUGGCAAACCAGGCUCAGACCCAGAUUCAGCCUUUAGUUGCUCAGAUUCAGGAGCAGCUGAAGACCGUUGCCACCAACGUCGAGGAGCAUAUUAGGCCCCUGGCCGCCAACGUGCAGGAACAGCUCAAGCCCCAGAUCGAGAGCUUCCAGCAGCAGAUGGAGGCCAUCAUCCAGAAGAUGAAAGAGCAGACCAUGGUACUUGGAAACUAAACAAACUGUCCUUCCAAAAGAUGCAAAUGUGCCCCCACACCACCCUCUUGCAGCUGGCCUGAAAGUGCAGCCUAAGAUGCGUUAUAUGCGAUUGCUGACAAUAUCAUCUCUGUCCCAAAGCACUAUUAAAACUUGAAACAACU